UCGUAUUCUAGUUGACGCCCUUUACAGUUCAUCUCGACAGAACUUCAAAUUUGUUUGACGAUCGUUUCAGAAAUUUGGCAACUCUUUCGCUUCGACAAAAUUGAAAGGAGAUCGGGACGACAUCAUGAAGAUACUCAUUUUGAUCAGUGUUGUCGCAAUGGCCACCGUGGGCAACGCCGAGUACAGCUGCCCUCAGUUCUGGAACUUAUUCGAAGGGAACUGCUUCCGAUACCAGGGGGAUAGAUUGACAUGGUCGGAUGCUGAAGCCAGCUUUACCAGCGGUGGAGUGGGACAUCUAGCUUCGAUCCAUAGCCUUGAAGAGAACCGCCUCGUUUAUCAGAUGUUCAAAUCAAGCGUGUCCCUAAACGACAUUCCAGAUUGGGUGCAUAACACAGAAGACCACAAUCCAAUCUAUGGGAUAUGGCUCGGACUUCACCAGACUGUGGCAGACGGCCCCUGGAAGAACUCUGACUAUACCGACCAGGGUGAUUUCUUCAGAUGGAGGCGUCUAGAACCCAACAACGACUACUACGAUAGUGGACUCGCGGAAGAUUGCGUCCACAUUUUGGCACUUUAACGAUGACUCCGACAUUCAACAAAAGUGGAAUGACGUGUACUGCAACGAAGUGAUGUCCUUCGUCUGCAAGAUGCCAGCGGACGGGGAGUCUUGCGAGUAAUAAGUGGUCUCCAUUUUCCUUUUGACUCAACGA